AACUAGACAAUUCUUCUUCUUCUUACACCUCAAUUCAACAGCACAGUAGAAAAAAUAAAGGAAAAAUUUGUCAGGCUGCAUCUGGUGUAAAGGGAAAAGUGAAAAAGGCUUCAAAUAGCGAUUAAUAAAGGAUUUUUAUAUAAAUUAAUAAGAAAAUAGUGCAAGGAUGCUGGCAUUAAUCAACAGAAUUUUGGAUUGGUUUAAGAGCAUUUUCUGGAAAGAAGAGAUGGAAUUGACGCUAGUGGGACUGCAGUUUUCAGGCAAAACAACGUUCGUGAAUGUUAUUGCAUCGGGGCAAUUCGCUGAAGACAUGAUACCCACUGUAGGUUUUAAUAUGCGUAAGAUUACUAAAGGUAAUGUUACCAUUAAAGUUUGGGAUAUCGGUGGCCAGCCAAGAUUCCGAUCCAUGUGGGAGCGAUAUUGUCGUGGUGUCAAUGCUAUUGUGUAUAUGGUGGAUGCGGCUGAUCUAGACAAAAUGGAGGCAUCCCGAAACGAACUACAUUCUUUAUUGGAUAAACCUCAAUUGGCGGGUAUACCUGUACUAGUAUUAGGCAAUAAACGUGAUCUUCCAGGUGCACUUGAUGAAACUGGACUAAUUGAGCGAAUGAACUUAGCAAGUAUACAAGACAGAGAAAUUUGCUGUUAUAGCAUUUCGUGCAAGGAAAAGGACAACAUCGACAUAACGUUGCAAUGGUUGAUCGCACAUUCGAAAAGCCAAACCCGUUAGAAAAAUAUGCCAAUAGUUUACUAGUGCUGUAAAGUGCAAAUUAAUGUGGCGUGAGCAUAUGAAUGUAAGACAAUGAAAUGUGAAUCAUAAACAAAUUCAAAUUUGAACAAGUAACAACAGUUUGAUAUAUGGUCGAAAAUUUAAACCCAAUUAGACAUUUUAAUUAUAAAAAAUAAAAGAAUUCAUUGCUAUACUUUGUAUGAAUUAAAUGAGACAAACGUAUGCAGGUGUGAUUACGCAUGAUACUCUGUAUGUAGAUACUACUGUAUUCGAAUGAAACGUAUUGACAAACGUGCAAAUAUUCGAAACUGAACUAAAUAACAGAAAAUCGUAACCAUAAAUAAAUAAUGGUACAUACAUACAUUUCCAAUUGUGCAUUUGUGAUUAGGAUCUAGUCUCUGAAUACGAUUUCUUAAAUUGCAAUAGAAAUACCUUGAUUAAAAAAGAAAAAUGUGUUGUCAUAUUUGCUUUUGCACGUUAAGCUCAUUUAGUACAAAGUUGAAAGUGAAAUUAGUAACCAAAACAAACUAAAUUCAAAUCGAGGGUAUGUCUAUAACGUUUCUUUCGGCCCUAUAGUAUACAAAUGUUUGGAAUUAUCCAUGGUUAUUCCUUGAAUUAAAAUUUACUUGUAUACAUUUUGUUGUCUCAACUCUGCAGUGUAGUCUACGUCAAGUAAAUAUAUAUUUUUCUAGCGAUUGGUGUGAAAAUAUAAUAUACCUAUAUAUCUAUAUGUUAUUUAUAAUUACAUCUUUAAUAUCUAUUCAUUUCAUUUAUAUUAUUUCGAAUUUGUAGGCUACAACUCACAAAAGAUUGCUAAGAACCUACAUUUAUACAUAUGUACAUAAGUUCUUGGACAUACCUUAAAUAUAUUUUAAUUUUUUCAUUGCUAUAAGCGCAAAUCGGUGCAUAACAAAAAAUAAAUAAAAUAAAAAUAAAGGAAAAACAUCAAAUUAUUGUCGCAAGAUACUGUACCAAGUGCAUUACAAAAUGAAUGAUAUCGAAAUGUGAAAUACAAUUAUUCUGUAUUGGUUGUAUGUAUUUAAAUACGAUAACAGACAAGAACUCAAGAACGCCUUUCCCAUAUUAAAUAUGCAUUGAUGUAUAGUAUAUUGUCCUUUGUGUUUAUUAUGCAAGUGGACCUAUGUACAAACAUCUGUGCUACAACAUUUAGUUUAUGAGUUUAUUUAUCGAUAAUUUCCAAUUCCACACUUGAUUAUAGUAUAGCGAUGAAAAUGUGCGACGUUCUAAAACUGUAAAGCUUAAUAAAAACAAAAAGAUAAGUGAAAGUAAACGAUUAUAUAUGAACAAUUCUAAGUAAAAUAAAUAACUUUAAAUAAAAGCCUAAA